UGGCUAAAUAGGGUCGCCAUUUCUAAGCUGGCUCAUCUACUAACAGUUGAUAAUUUAUGUUUAAAAAAAAAAAAAAAAAAAAAAGUGACAAACUGGUUAAUUUUGUAUAAGUAAGCUGAAAGAAAGCCAACUAAAGCGCCGUGGCUGCUGGAGCAUUUGGUACAAGGAAGAUUUGGUCAUUUGUUUCCUGUUGUAUCUGGUAGCUUUGCACAACUGUGCUGUGGAUAGCAAGGCUAUCAGUUUAACACCAAACAUUGUAACAACGCCAAGCUAUGACACAAUAAUGUUUUCACUUCUCUAACCAUCAGCCUUCAUUCCUUUUCUGAUAUUUAUAACAUCCACACUGGGAAGCACAGAUUUGAAAUCUUUAAAAGUAGAAACACUUGUUUCUAAAACAUCAAAAAAGAUGCUUUCUUCUUCAAAUUGCUCUUCUUCUCAAGGACCUUCAGACUUUGAUAUGGAUGAAUCUGGUUCUUCCACAAUGAAUUCAUCACAUUUUACAGAUGAAACUAAAAGUAUAAGUGAUAUUAGAGUCGAUGUCAGCAGGAAACAAGACAACAAUGACAAAGCUGGGACAGAGCAACCCUAUCCUUUCCCCGAUAGCCCAGAGAAUAUUCUGGAACUGGCCACUAAGAUCCUCCAACGGUUUGGGCUUGAAAAAGAAGAUUUGGAAAGUCUUCUCUCCUACCCUGAAGACCAGGUCACUGUAACAAAUCUGCCUGCCAUCUUGGAGCAAAUCUGCAUUAUGAAGAAAAAGAAAAUAACUGAUGGUUCAAACUUUCCACGUGUCACAAGCACAACUGGAUUUGACCAUUUUAGUUGUUCAGAAGGUGAACAGAUUCACAGAGUCGAUCAAAAUUUUGGAUUUGAUGGAGUUUUGGAAGAAACCAGUAAAAGGAGGAGCUCAGCAGAGGUGAAAAACUGGGAUUCACAUGUUCAGAAAAGCUCUUCCACCAGUUCUAGCUCAGUCAGGACCUUUGUGGACCAUCCACCCAAUAAUUCGAAUAACCUGCAGACCCAACCAAGUCGUAGUUUACAGUCCAUUCUCUCCUUGUUUCCUCUGGUGAUGCAAGAAACCGGUAGAAGUUCUGCCAACUCUGAAGGAUCUGAACCAAAAUCCAACUGGAGUUCAACACCUGAAAUGAAACAAAUUGCUGAAAUUAAGCAAUUUAUUUCAAUACCUAAAGACGAAGAACCUGGCCAGGCCAUUAAUGACAUGUGCAAAAAUGAGAGUAAAGCUAACGGACAAGUUAUAAUUGCUGUUGAAACGAAGAAGAAUCAAAAAUCAAACCAGAAGUACGAGAAGACACAAAGUUACUCUGAUUUAAAUCCAGCUUCUCCUCCAUCCAUGAGGCCAACGUGUCUGCCUGAGGCAGCUUCCACCCAGUGGCUGCUGCAGCCUUCAGGCAGAGCGUUCCUACCUGAUCCAACUGGUUUCAAUGGUCUGCCUCCACAAGCCAUGAUGGAGGAUUACACUGCUGCCAAACCAAGGUCGUUCCCACACACCUGUUCUCUCUGCAGCACCGUGUGCGUUAAUUUUAAGGAGUGGAUCAUCCACCAGAAUAUCAGCUUUCAUAUCGAGGCCUGCAUUCUCUUCCGCAAAACAUACCCAAACUGGGAUUGUAGAGUACCGCUGUUUGAGAGUUUUCCUUAUAAAGACCCCUCCACCUCUGCUCAGGCAUUCCAGCGUUACGAUCACAGAGUUGGGUCUGAGAGCCGGUCCAGAUCCAGAUCCAUCAGUUCAUACAGACUGGAGAAUAAAUGUUACAGAUCCAGGAGCAGUUCCUGCUCUCCAGGUCCUCAUUUCCGCGGUGCUUUGAUGAAUAGAAGCAAACCAGAGGAGUGGGAGGAUCCAAACACUCACAGAUCUCUCUCACCACCUUCGACGUGGCGUGACCGCUCGGAUUCGAGGAGCCAUCGGAGGCGAUCUUCAUCCGGGAGGAGCAAGAAGAAAAAGUCUUCAUCCGACCAGAGACGCAAGAGACCAACAAGGUCAUCCAGUAAACGGCUGAGGUCGAGCAGAGUAGAGCAGCUGACCAAAAAGCUGCUGAGAACAUCAGCUGUCCAGUCGCUUAUGAAGAAAUCGCAACUUAAAUCUGUGGUCAGAACUCUGGUUCCCAUCAUCUUGGCUGAACUCAGGAAACUGAAAUCCUCUUCUUCUCAUUCAUCAAAAAAGAAAUUGGAUUCAAAUUUUUCCAAAGUGAAAUCUGACCUUCAGAUCAGUGAACCUGGUUUGUCCAGAAAGCCUCAGGACGAUGCACCAAAAGAGAAAAGGAUGAAGAGCCUCGAUAUUCAAGGAACAUCAGCCACUGUGGUUAAAGAAAAGGAGAAGCAAUUAUCUGUGGAUCCAAAAGUCUUCAGAAGACGACCAACCAAACCUGUGUCCAGCACUGAUCUGGCUCUACAUUCAACUAGAAAUAAUGCAUCUUUACCAAAAAGAAGGAUGACAACAAGCAGACGCAUUUCAAAAGCAAAAGCUUUGGUUUCCAAAGCAAGAAUUAUCCUAAACCGGCCGUUUGUCAGAUCUCUAAAAGUAGGAACUGUUAAAUUUGAGGUGAAAAAACAAGUUUCAAAGCGUCUAGGAGCUACAAAGUUGAUGUUUACAAAGAAGAAAGUGGCUGGUAGUGACUCCAAAAAACCACAAAAAGAGUUUAAACAAUCUCUGAAGGGACUGGAAGAGAGAACUACAGAAGAAACGAGACAAAAACCUAAAAUUAGAGUAGAACAUCUACAGGAAGAUGUGAGCAAAGAAGAAAUGAAAGAAAAUGAAGAUCUUAUGGAGAUGGAAAACCUGGAAACUCUUCAGACCAAAGAGUUUGAAGAUGCUGAAGCUCUGAAACAUCUGGAAAUAAGAUCAGCAGAUUGUGUGGAGGUUAAAACUACAACUACAGUCAAACUACAGAGGAAUUCAUCCAGUAAACCAGCAGAGAGUUGCGCAUCAAGCUGCUCCGUUUUUACACCAGGACCAGCUGAUCCGCCUCAGACUGAACAGAAUCUCCUCAAAGCUCCAAUGCCUUCAGUUGGUUCAUCGUCACAGAGUCAGAGUGAAAAUCAGAUUUCCUCCUCACGUCAGAGGACUGAGGCUGACGCUUUGGAAACAGGAAGUUCACCUGAUUUCAAGAAACGGCAGAAAAGAAAGAAGAGAAAAACAAAGAAAAAAGCAGUAUCUCAACGUAAUCCGUCUGGAGGAACUCCAGCUACCAAAACGAGUCGUUCAGCUGCCGUCCCGACCUUCAAAGAAAACCUGGUGAAAUGUCUGAGUGAAAAACAAAUUGAUUGUUUAAGCAGGAGAACCAUUAUGUCUCCGAAGCUGGUUUGCCUCGAUGCGAAGGUGCUGCUCAUAACAAACCUGCCCAGGUAUUUCGACGGCUGCUACAGAGAGGAUGACGUUGCUGAUCUGCUGCGCCCGUUUGGUUUCAUCUUUAAGGGGAGCAACAUCUACGUUAUUCCUGAAAAGUGCAUGGCGUUUGCCCUGAUGCCGUCUGUGAAAAGUGUUCAAAACAUCGUGGCUUAUUUCCACCAGAACCACAUAGUUUUCAAAGGAUCUAAACUGUCAGUCGGAGUUGUUCACAACAUGGUUUCCAUGACGCCAUUUGGCUUUUAUUCAUUUCUGAUCAAAAGGACCCAUUCGAAACUGAAGGACGAUGGAGGAAGUUUGAUCUUCAUCCACAACAUCUCCCAGAGCGAAGCCGGCGCUCUGAGGGAAACUCUGAUAAAAUUCGGCUCUGUGAGACGAUACCUGCCUCUUCUCAACAAGGUGUUUGUUGAAUUUAAAAACAGACAAGAGGCGGACAUGUUGGGAGUUUGGUACAGCCUGCUGAAGCGCUCUCCAGCUCAUCAUGUCUUCAGGAUGAAAAUACCUCAAAUCAACAGUCUUUCUCCACCACCAACAGUGCCAAGCAGAGCUUUGCCAGAUGUUAGUGAAGCUGUCGAUGGCGCCGUCGUCCCAACUAUAAAACAUGGCGUUCCUCAGGGCAGCACUCCUCCGUUCUGGAUCACCAUGACAACCAGCCCUUUAGUGUUUCCCACUUUCUGUCCCUGGUUCAACAUCCCAGAUUAUCUGACAGUCAGUCUGAACGGUUUAAAGAAAACCAUCAGCCAGGCCUCAAAGUUCUGCACUGUCAUGCUAACGGGUUUGCCUGAGAGAAACUACACCCACCAGGACGUCGCUAAGCUAGUGUGGAAACAUUUCCCCAAACAGAAUCUGCAGACUCUGUUCUACAACGUGGUGGUUUUACCGCUGCAGAGGAGGGCCUUUGUGUUUUUCAGCAGCUGGGACGGAUGCAGUGAUUUUGUCGGAAAUCACAUCAUAAAUCCAGUUUUUGUUAAAGGCUCCAGGCUCAGUGUUCACCUGGUGUUGGAGGACAUGCAGCCCGGAUUCAGUGAGGAGACGAUGUACCGAUCUGUGAUGAAGUGGAGCAACGCUCACGUUUCUCAGCUCCGGCCUCUGGACGAGCGGCUGCUCUGCGUGGAGAUCUCUGAACCUACAACUCACCUUGUCAUGAUGGUCAUGAAAAAAGUGGCAACCGUUGCUCCUUUCGUCAACUUCCUGCCGCUGGCUAACAGGAUUGUGAUUGAAAUGGCUGAACCAAGUGGCGUAACAGCAGCUGUUCUCCAAAUCUCACUGAACUCCUCACCAGAACACCAACUGUGGAGCAAAGUGAAACGUAUUGAACCUUUAAAGAGUCUGAAUCGGCGUCUUCGAGACUCAAGAGAAGCUGUGAUAAACCUUGAAUCGGACUCAUCGAUAAAACCAGCUGCUACAUCAAAAUCCAAACCAGACAAGAGAAACCUUCGUUCAGAACCAGAAACGCCAUCAGAGAAUCUUUCUCCAAAGAGGAGGAAGCUGGAGCUGAGUGACCAAUCCCAGAUACUUUACAAUAAAACUGAAGAUGAAACAACCCAGAAAAAACGUCAGGAAGACCUUCAGGUCCAUGUCAGUUCAACUGAAUAUCAGACCAAAAACAAGACUAAAGUCCAGAAACCAGAAAGUCUCUCCAAGCUUCUGUCUGAAGACUUUAAACUUCACCAAACGAUGGACUCAAUGGAGGAUCAACCAGAAACUAACAAAGAAAGCAUCGCUGUCGCAACCAGAACCAAACCUCCUAAAGAUGAAGAAAUGGUUCACGAGACACAAAGGUUGAGUUUUCCUGAACGACGACGAGCUGGAAACAUUUCCUAUCAGAAAGCGACUGAAGACGAUGAAGAGGAGGAAAGACCAGCAAAUGAAACGAGAAAGCUCCCAAAGUCGUCUUUGAAAGUUCUCAGGAAUCUGGAUGAAGUGAAAGAGGAAGACGAUGCGACGGAGGAAGAGUUGAGGGAAGGUUUAUGGAGGGAAAACCUUCAGGAUGAGGAUGAGGAAAACUCAGCCGGUGAGUUUGUGGAGCCCAUAUUGGGUUUUUUCUGCUCCAUUUGUUCGGUUUUCUUCCUGGACGAGGAUGCAGCCGAGGAUUCGCACUGCUGCAGCCGCUCUCACCUCCGCAACCUGCAGAUUUAUUACCAGAAACUUUUACAACAUUAAUCUGAGGAACGAUGUGAAGUCAGAAAUCCAACCCUGGGAAUUUUCUGAAGGUUCCUGCUGGAGCUCCUGGUUGUCGUAGUGGGUCCUGCUGCAGCAGUGCAGGUCUUUAUCAGCGCCUUCGUUGAGGUAGAAAACCGAGCAAAGGUUACAGAAAUACGCCAGUUUCUGGACCGUGAACUCCUGACCUGAAUCAGCAAAAAAAGAACAUAAAAAAACAUUAAAAUUUUCAAAAAGAAA